UCAGGAAGCCUUUCCUGAAGGAGACGCCGUUUAGCCGUGCGAGGCGUUAACGAUUAAACAGGGGAAAUGGGUAAUAUUUCACUGAAAUAGCCAAGUUCACGGGUCUAUGAGUAUGAUAUCGUUUACUUUUCGUUAUUUGUUUACAUACACGAAAUUGAGUAAGACUUGAAAAGAGCCGAAGAGCAACAGGUUAGUAUUUGAACCGUUUCCCCACCAUGUCUUGCCGUGACAUCCACGCCACGAACGCGUUUGCCUUCAUCAUCGCCCUCCUCUCGGUGGGUGGGUUAGCCGUGGCUACAGUAAUCCCUCAGUGGAGGACGACACGCCUGAUCACCUUUAACCUCAACGCCAAGAAUGUUACAGUGUACGAUGGACUGUGGACCAAAUGUGUCCAGCGAGACAGCUCCAGCGGGUGUUAUUACUUUGACGCAGACUGGUACUUCAAAGUAGACCAGCUGGAUCUCAGGCUGCUGCAGUUCUGUUUGCCUACAGGUCUGUUCUUCUCUAGCCUGGCUCUGCUGAUCAGUCUCACAGGCAUGUGUAAGACGGCGUGCUGCUCCAAAACCCCAGAUAACAUAAAGGCCAGCCGCUGCCUUGUGAACAGUUCAGGCUGCCACCUGGUGGCCGGGAUGUUCCUCCUGCUAGGCGGUGCCAUCGCUAUGCCGCCAUCCGUCUGGUUCCUCUUCCAUACACGUGAGCUGAACUCGCGCUACGCUAACAUUUUCUCCACAGAGUUUGCCGUGUAUGUAGCCAUUGGCAGCGCUGGCGGCCUGGAGUUUGCUGCUCUGCUGAUGUUCAUGUGGUACUGCAUGUGCAAAAAGCUGCCCUCACCCUUCUGGCUGCCCCUGCCUGACAUGAGCAGCGAUGUUGCUGCUCAUCCUCUAAUGACCAACGGCCUGCCGUCACCUGUAACCUACGCUCCUCAGAGCUUCCCCCCUGCUGUUCUAGAUGCUCCGGCUUUCGUGCAAGCCCCAGGGUACCCACAGCCCAUGAUGGGUCCACCUGUACCUCCUCAGGUAUACAUGGGCCCCAUGUCAGUGCUUGAUGGAUAUGGGUCUGAAGCAGGAGCCUCGCAGGCUUACGGCUACGCCCCCUCACAGAGCUACGCCCCCUCACAGAGCUACGCCCCCUCACAGAGCUACGCCCCCUCACAGAGCUACGCCCCCUCACAGAGCUACGCCCCGUCUGUAAGCAUUGCUCCUUCUCAGAGGUAUGCUGGACAUCGCUACUCCACACGAUCACGCCACUCAGGAAUCGAGAUUGACAUUCCCCUCCUGACAGAGUGACACAGAUAGAAACCCACUGUGUCCUUCAGUGCAUCUCUCAUGAUCACCAGUCAUCAAUGGACGUCCCACUGACCCAGGCCAUGCAACCCACAAUUUCUUAUUUAUUAUUUUUUUUUUAAUCUCACUUAUCAAAACAAGCAAUAUUAAUGAAAAUACAUACGUGAUGGAAAAUACACUGAAAGUAAUCUAUGCGAGAUAAAUUUGGAAGAAUUUGCCACCGAUGCCACCUUCAAGACAACAGAUCUGAUAAUGGAUUUUUUUUUUUUUUGUAGUGCGAUUUCCUGCAAAUCAAAUCCUGCGCUCUGAUUGGCUGGCGAGUAGUUACGGACCUCUGGCGACUUGCUCGUUCACAACAAACAUGGUAGCAUUUUUUUGUCAACAUUUUUUUUUUAAUAAGAUUUUUUAUAAGAUUAUCAAAAAUCUUAAUUUUUGCCAGCAUUUAUCAGGAGAAUAGCAUUCAUUUUACAGCAUGGAUAGCGAUAACGACAGUGUUCAGUGAAAGCGAGUUUUACUACCCUGAGGAAGAAGAAAUAAAACAUUUCAGGAGAAAGCUAAAAACCUGUAACUUGCUAAUGCCGAGCAAAAACAUGGCUGAAUCCUGAAUGACUCCUAUUUGUAUAAAUAGGGGACUACAUAGGUGGCAAAAUGUAGGUUUUUUUUUUUUCCUGCCAUGGAAGUGCACUUGUAUACCGAGGAGGAAGCAAUUUGCAUUACAGCCGUGAAUGAGGAUUCAAAAUGGCAGCACGGCUCGGUUUUCCCUUUCGGACGCUCUCGUUUUCUGUUAGAAUUUGGUAAAGAAAAAAAUAAGCAUAUUAUUUACCAGCUUAAGGUCGGUCCGUAUGGUGAAAUACCGUGACCUCGGCCCAGAGGGCCUCAGUCACAAUAUUUCACGAUACGGACCUUCCAGCUGGUAAAUAACAUGUAUACGCGCGCGCGCACACAAACCAAAAUGAAAACUGUUUGUCCCAGAAACCCUGGGGACUAAUUUGUCCAACCCUGAAAUAUAAUUAGAGGCCCACAUAUAUUUUACAGGUAUUCAUUGAUAAGAAAGCCAACUUCUCAAGUUCACAGACUUGCUGUAUAAUUCAGAUUGAAGUAGUAACCUAUUGUGAUCUAAUGACAUCCGUCAGUUGUUCAAAAUAGUACAAGUAUAAUGUUUAAGAAUUAAUUUCCCAGAUACAUCAUGUAAAGAAACAAAUACUGAUGAUGAUCUGGAAUAUUAAUAUUCACUUA